AUGGUCACAUGACUACAACAAAACGACACUUCCCUACGACAUCCAUGCAGCCUCUUGUUGGUGUUUCCAAUGCAGUUAAUUGUGGACAAUAUAACCAUAUUGUAGACGUAUAAAUGACUUAGGUACAGUUGUGCACGUUUAAAUAACGCCAAUAUGUCAGAGAGGCACCGCGCGCUGCCGCCAUGGAUGUCAAAGAAGGAGGAGAAAGUGAAGGAAAAGGAGCCGCUGAAGACCAGGAGGAAACGGAAAGCUGCAAGGGCUGCUUUCUACUGUAUGAACGAGAAAGAGCUGGUUGAAGCUGCUGUUUCAUAUCUGGCCAACUGUGCUCGCGAGGAUCACGUUGCUCUCCUCACUGAUCAAAAGGUUGAAGACAAGACAGGAGACACCAUCGUGAAGAUGAGUGUGAAAACUGCUGCUUCAAAGUCAAUAACAAAGCCGGUGAUAGAGGCUUCAGAGGAGGAGUCCUCAGACUGCGGCGAUGACCAGGAGUCAACGUAUGUUUCAGAAACAGACUUGGACAUGACAGAAGUGCAAACAGUGCCAUACACCGAGAUCCCUCAGCAUCAGCGCUCUGAGGGUCAGAGUUCAGGACCAGCUCAGGAUCACAGCAGUCUUGUGAGUGCUGGACUGCAGGCUGAGAAAAGAGAGGCGCACUCGCAGAAGCCUGAAGAUGCAGUAGAGGACGAUGCCCUUCGGCUUGUGCGGGAAAUUUUUUUCACCUGAUAAUGGACUCUGUUGAAUUCCACUGAAAUGUUUGCACUAAGCCUUGCAAAAUGUUUGCACCAAAGGGAAAAUCUUAACUUAAAAGGGACUGCUGCAAAAUUUAAGAAUUCACAUAACAGUGAAAGCAAUACUAGCUGCAAACUGGAGAACCAACCCUUUAAUUUGUGAUGUCACUUGGAUGUAAAAUUUCAAAGCUCCUGCACUGAAAUGAGGCGUAUAUUCUGGUGUAUGUUCAAAUGACGGCAUCUAAACCGCAUUUUGGUAGGACAGCUCAAUUUAGCAUCUUACAUAGUGGCAUCACAAAGUCUGCAGCCUGUUCAGCUAUGUCUUUUACACCCCACUGUAUCACAAAUGUAUCAGUUUCUGUUUGAUUAAAACUGUGCUGGGACACUGA